AUGACCAGCGACUCAAAAGACAAGGAUUCUGUGAUAGGAGAGAAGUCACUGGCUGAAUCGUCUGCAACGACGAUGAGUCUUAAAAGUGUACAUUCCGAAGGGGACAGUUUCACAGAGGUUGCGGAUAAUUGGCUUCAUUCAUCAAGUUUUUAUCAUGGAUACCUCCCUCGCGAAGAUAUUCCAGCACUCCUUCUAAAGCAUGGCGAUUUUCUAGUGCGAUUAAGUGAGACAAAUAUCAAGGGUUCUGGGAAAAAGAAGAAAAGGACCACGUCGCGAGUUAUAUCAGUACUUGCUUCUCCAGAAAGUAAAGGUGAAACGAUUCCUAUUGAAAAGAGACCUUCGUUGAUCAAAAAUAUAAUAAUAAUGCAUAAAAACCAAAAGUGGUGGAUAGACCCUGCCUCUCAGUUUGACACUUUAGCUUCACUUUUUGAAAAUUAUAUGACAAAACCUUUACUCGUUGAAAAGGAUAGCGUAUUGUUGAAACGUGGUGUCGGAUUGUGCAGAUGGGAAUUCAAGCAUGCAAAUGUACAAGUAGGCCGUCUUCUUGGAAGGGGGGCUUAUGGAGAAGUAAGGAAAGGAACUGUCAUAAGGAAAAACGGUCAAAUUGUGAUUGUUGCCGUAAAAACACUCACAUUAACAAGUGUUCUGACAAGAGAGUUGAUCAGAGAAAUCAUGAAGGAAGCAAGAACUAUGCGGGAUUUGCAUCACCCUAACGUGGUAUCUAUGAUAGGAGUUGUGCUUGUCGACCAUCCGUUGUACAUAUUGCUGGAAUACGUCUCUGGUGGCGCGCUCGAUGUUUACCUGCGACGAAAACGUGCGAAGAUAACAAAAUCAGAAAGGCUUUCUAUGGCAGACAAUGUAGCACAGGGGAUGGAAUAUAUCCAUAAGUCGAAUGUCAUCCAUAGAGAUCUUGCCGCUCGAAAUUGUUUGUACGACAGGAACAACACGGUCAAAAUAUCGGAUUUUGGACUGUCACGAAAUGGAACAACAUAUAGAAUGAAAACUGCGCAGAAAAUGCCAAUAAAAUGGAUGGCUCCAGAAAGCAUAACUACUUAUACUUUCACUCAGAAGACAGAUGUCUAUACUUUUGGGGUAUUAAUUUAUGAGAUAUUCUCCGGCACCGGGCCAUAUGAAGACCUAAGGAACAGCGUCGUCAAGAAAAUGAUAGUCGAAGGAAAGGUGAACCAGUUUCCUAGCAAUACUCCUAUUGAUGUGGUUACAUAUGUGAACGAGAAACUUUGGUGUAAAGAUCCCGAAAAAAGGCCAAAUUUUACAUCGAUAGUAGAAGCAAUUGGUAAACUUUUGGUUGCCCACUCGGAAAAGACUCCAGAAGAGGAAAGAAGCAAAAGCUUAGUAUUACUGAGUGAGGGGAAAACUACCGCUACAGUUGACAUCGAAGUGCCCGCUGGUAGGAAAAAGAAGAGUGCCGCUCGCGCUAUGGCAGAGAAAGCGGUAGAAAAAUCAACUUCACGAGAAGCUUUGAAAAAGGAAGCAAAAGAAGAAACGAAGAAAACGGAGAAGGCGGCACCUGCUGCAAAGGAGGAGGUCAAAAAAGGCUCUGCUGAGAAAUCUACCGCCAAGGAGCCGAAAGUUAAAGCAGAAGAUGCUUCAUGUUAUCUGAAACCUCCAGAGUCCGCGACAAAAGUGGAUGUAGAUUCACAUCACGAUGACAAAGAAAUAAACGUCGAGUUCCGCACAAAGCCAGUUUUUGGCCGCAGAUCAAAAUUCAAGAGAUUCCGCAAGUAA